AUGGAGCUUGGUUCGGAGGAGUCCCAUUCAUCUACAUUCUGCUUCAAUGGCGAAGAUCACACCUUGGGCAACUCGUUGCGAUUCCUCCUCAACAAAGACCCUAGGGUGGUGUUCUGUGGCUACAGCGUCCCUCACCCGUCCGAGAACAAGGUGAAUGUGAGAGUCCAAACAACAGGUGCGCCAGGCAAGGAGGUUUUCAAGGAUGCGUUGUUGGACAUGGUGGCCAUCUGCGAGCAUGUAAGCACCACCAUGGACUCGGCCGUGGGGCGAUUCAAGGCCAACGAGCAGCGUCCAGAGGUGAGCACGCGAACGGCAACGCACGCCUCCGGCUUGACUCACCGAUCGGGCAAUUGA